ACGGAUGCCCGUGUGGCCACACUAAUUAUUGUCAGCGGCUGGGAGUGAUAUGGACUCGCAGAGAAAUGCAACGUCCUGCCCUUCUGCAUCUUGAAUAGUGGGAGUCAUGAACCGCUGUAAGGUGACGCGUCCCUUGAUUUCAACCGAAACUUCAACCUAGACACGCCGCGUUAUUUACCACCAUCUGAAUCUCCCGUCCAAAAAAAAAAAACAACCAACACGGCACCAUCUCUCUCUCUUUAUCAAACAAACGAGAUCGGGACCAUCUUGCGCAGUGAGCACGGGCGAACGGAGCAAGCGGUGGCGGCCACUCCGGGGAAUGUCGACCGGCCGUCAGUCCUGACAUCGGCCUCUUCUGAUCUCGCGCACCAGGUCCAUGUGUGGUCAGUGAAGUGUCCUGGAGAGCAGCAUGGCAAUGUAUCAGUUGAGCGUCGGGUUAAGAUGAGGUGAGUGAACAGGCUGAAGAGGUUGCUCUCAAGGCCUAACCCGGAACCAGAGUGUGUUGCCAGUCAUCCCGUCAGUGUAGGCACAAUUUAAGGUUUGUGUCCAGUGCUGCAGGUAUGACCUAUUUUUGGAGGCCAAACCCGGAAGAUGGCAUCGCUUUGGUUCCUUCUAAAAGAUGUUAAAGCUUGUGAUGACUGUAGAGCUUAUUCAGGCAUCUACACAAAAACUUCCAGAUGUGAGCUAACUAGAAUUGCCAAAAUGCAAAUUUAUGCUUUAGGAUUCAUUCCUGCAGCACUUUAUUACUCCCAGAUUAGGCCUUGGAGAGAAGUGAUCUGAAUUUGUCUUUACACUGUAUGGCCUGAUACAGAAUUUGAUUAUGAAAUGCUGAUGCUCAUGAUUUUUUCUUUUCUCCAUCAGUGUCACCUGUUAGCAAUGUGAGCUCCACUGACAAACAUCUUUUCUCCAUACCAAACCACCACCUAAAUCACCAGCCAAUCAAAUGCACCCAGACAAUAAACUGGCCAAUCAUGGCAAGCAGGUCACCUGUGACAGCCGAUCCCAAAUACCCGGUAUAAACCAACAGGCUCAGCAGCCGCAAGGAGCUGCUGGCCACUUGGGUCCAAAGGGCGUUGGUGCCGGGAGCCAUGGAGUCAAAACUAGCCAGCUUUCUCCCGGCAACCCUGGGCUAAAGGCUGUCAGCCAAUCAGUCAGCAGCGUUGGAGGGAUGCAGAAAACCAAAUCCAAGCGGGAGCGGAGCGUCUCGAUCGACUCUGGGGAAUCAAGAAAUGACGUUCCUCCAGCCCUGGAGACGGAUGCGAAAGGAGAGGGUGUUAUGCGCAGUAAGCGGCGCUGUGUUCUGGAGAAGAAACAGCCAUACAGUGGAGAUGAAUGGUGCUCUGGACCUGACACUGAGGAGGAUGAAGACAAGCCGCACACUGCGACCCACCGAGAGCGUGGCCUGGCAGGUCCUAUUCAAGGGCUCUCUGAUCGCCUGUCUGCAGUGCCCAUGUCUGAACCUGCGGGUCCUGUAAUGGGAUGUGGAGUGGAACCAGGACUAAAGACAAAGCAGCCACCUCAGCCUUCCCAGCAAGUGGUGUAUGUUUUCACAACUGGCCUAGCUAACAGUGCUGCAGAGGCAGUAAUGAAAGGACAGACCGAUUCCAUCCUUGUGUUUCACCAGCAAAAUGUUUCACGCCCCAAGUUGGAGCAGGGCCACUCAUCAGGGAAGCUUCCCAACCUAUCUGAGAAGAUAAACUCCAGCAGCUCUCCACCCACAGGCACCCCAAAAUCCCAAUGUGGAACUCCACGGCCAGCCUCUGCAGGUGUUGGAGGCCCAUUACAUCCUGCAGGGACAGCGUCAUCAGCAGGACACUGCGAUAAUGAAUCCUCCCAGACCAGACCUGGCGGAGCCUCCAACAAUAACAGUAUCGUCGCCCAUAGGUUGGAGGGAGGGAGUACGACCACACCCGCAGGCCCAUUCCCAGGAGCUGGAGAUGGGGAGGGUGCAGGAGGUAUGUCUCUUCCUGUUGCUACCCUUUCUCCCUCGGGGAGUCCCUCCAUCCUCUCUGCACACCUACAGGGUGAUCCAGGCCAGAGGAGUGGCCCGGGGAACAUGGAUGGUCUUUCAAAAGAGCAGCUGGAACACAGGGAGCGCUCUCUGCAGACACUGAGAGACAUAGAGAGGCUGCUUCUGCGCAGUGGGGCAAGUGGAGGCCCUGGAGACACAGGAGCCACGAACAUCAAUGCUAGUACUAACUCCUCCAACCUAAAUAAUAACAACAAUAUUGAUAGAAGCGGUAUUCUCGAGGAUGGUACAAAUAGCUCUGGAAAUUGCGGUAGUGGUAAUAUGCUGUCGACAGCCUUGGCUUCGAUGGGCGGGAUGAAGAAAUAUGAAGAACCCCUCCAGUCCAUCAUUUCUCAAACACAGUCCCUUGCUGGACCUGCCCUUGACAACCCUCUCAUGGACUCUCACCAUAACCUACCACAACAUCCCCAUCACCAGCUGUCUUCACCUGGGCUCGACAUGGGUCACUUACUUGGACCAGAUGGGCUGACCCCAGAGCAAAUAGCAUGGAGGAAGCUUCAAGAAGAAUACUACCAAGAGAAGAGACGACAACAGGAAAUACAACCCCCCUCACAUCCACAGCACUUAAGAAUGAUGACAGAGAUUGGCAUGCAAGAAGGUCCUAUGAUGAUGAGAGGACCCCCUCCCCCCUACCACAGCAAGCCCGGAGACCAGCAGUGGGGUCCUGGCAAUAUGAUGGGAGGGGGAAUGGGUGGAAAUGCACGAAUGAUAGACAUGCACCAAGAGGGGCCUCGUGGUCCAAGGUUCCUGGGACAGAUGCAGAGAGGGCCACCAGGAGGAGGCGGUUUUCCUGGUGGUAAAGGGGGAGUUUUAUCCGUGGAGGGUCUAGGACCCCAAAGGCCCACCAGGCCAGGGAUGAUUUGGCUCGAUGAUAUGCCCAACAACAUGGGCGGUGGGGGUCCAUUUCAUGGCUGCUACCCUGGUGGACCGCCUCAGCACUUGCAAGGUGACCCAGAACAUCUAUUAACACAUGAGGAAAUGUUUCGCCUCAUGGAAAAACGGCAGAUGCAGGGGCUUUCCAGGUUUGAACUUGACAGAUUAGCUAAACAGCAGCAACAGGGCAACCUGGGCUCGAGAAUAAUAGAUAAUUCCGGGGGCCCAGACUUUCACAAUAUGGGAAUGGGCCGGGGUCCACCCUCCACUCGAGGAGACCCCAUGGACUUUCCAGGUUCACGGGAGAUUAUGUGCUCUCCUGGAGGGGGUCCUCAGAUGCGAGAUCUUGUGGAUUCUCCUCUGGGGAGCACCCUCACAAUGAACAUGAACCCACAGAUGAAUGUUCAACAACAGCAACAGCAGAUGAUGCUAUCUCAGAAGCUCAGAGGAGGUCCUGCUGUAGGGGGAACUUUAGGUGAGAUGUUUAGCCAUGGAGAGAUUUCACGAAUCAGGGCUUCACAGAAUGGAAGAGGAGUAAAUAAGGGAAUGAUUCCUGGACCGGAUGGCCCCUUCCAGUUUCCCAAUCAUGGUCCCUUCUCUGGAGGACAGGUGGAAGGGCCUUUUCUUCAACAACCUGGCCCUGAGAUGUUUGGACCUGACCAGCAAGGUCAUAAUCAAAUGGGAGGUACAUCGCGACUUAGUCAUAUGCCGAUGACUGGAGUCCUCAGGGGAGUAGACCUUGGACCUAGACACCCCUCUGACCUAUCAAUCAAUGUUAAUCCCCGGAGCUCUCCUUCAGUGCCUCGUCCUCAUCAGCUCAAAUCUCCAUCCCUAAACCGAGAGCCAUCUCCACUUCAAGCUUCCCCCUCUGCUCCAGGACUAAAGUCACCCUCACAGAUAUCCUCUGCAGGACAUCACCCCACUCAUCCCUCUGCGUCUGGUGCUGGGACUCCUUCCUCUUCUUCCAUGAAGUCUCCCCAGUUAAUGGGGUCUUCCAGCCUUGGGUUGCACUCUCCGUCUGCCUCUCCUGGACAACUCAAGUCCCCAACCAUGGCUGUGGGCUCUCCAGGUUGGGCGUCUCCUAAAACGGCUCUCCCAAGUCCAGGUGGUCCAACCGGUGGGAAGGUACUGGGCAAUGGGGGAAGUAGUUCCACUGAGACAGGCCAAUCGCUUCCCCCCAGGAGUUCCAACUCCACACCGAUUAGUCAGCCAGGCUCUAUGAAUCCUAGUAUGCCAUUCACUUCCUCUCCCGAUAACCAUCCAACUCAGAAUCCUUUAACACUCAUCAUGUCUCAGAUGUCCAAAUAUGCCAUGCCCAGUUCUACUCCCCUCUACCAUGACGCAAUCAAAACAAUUGCCACUUCCGAUGAUGAGAUGCUGCCAGAUCGACCUCUUCUAUCUGGUGUCAGCAUUGGAGGAAACAUGGGGAAUCCCCAGACCUCCCAGAUACUUGUCUCCCAGGGCUCCAUUGGGCCCCACAGUGCUCCACAAAGCCCCAUGGGUAUUGUAAGCCAAGGUCAGCAACACCUGCCACAUGACUCAUCUGGACCUGUGCUUUCUUCACCAAACCAAAUGGGCAUGCCUGCCAUGAAUUCUGCCAUGAUGGGAGGAGGUGCACCUGAUGGAAUGGGGCCCUGCAAUGUUUCACCUUUAUCUCAGAAUCAAAUAGCAGGCUUUUCUCGCAUACAGCCACCACCCCAUGGGCCCAUGCACUCACCUAUUGGAGGAAUGUCACAUAAUUUCUCACAGUCUAAUGAGGAUAUUCUACCACCACAGCAGUUACACCUUAGUCUGCUUCGAAAAGGUCAUCCUCACCAGCGCCCCUCUCAUCCCUCAGACUCAUUUGCCUCUUUGCACAUGGGGGAUGGCCCGGAUCUAAGUGAAGUUAUACGACCCACUCACUCAGGGAUUCCUGAGUUUGAUCUCUCCCGUAUCAUUCCUUCUGAUAAGCCCAGUAGCACUCUUCAGUAUUUCCCCAAGAGUGAGCCACAUCUGAAUCAGCAUCAGGGGCCACUAUCCCAGCAACUCACUCCACAGCAGCUCCUCAAACAGCUGUCUUCUUCCGGUCCUCCACACAGCAGCGGCCCCUCAUCCAACCCCCACUUGGCAAACCUACAGAAUAUGAUGGCUGAACAGCAGCUGGCGCCUCACCCCUCACAUAUUGGAAUUCGCCAUAACAUGGGCAUUCCUCAGGGGGGCUCUAGGGGUAUGGUUUCUGGUGGGGGCAUGGGCCCCAUGUGCCCCCCUGGACAUAUGAUGGGAAGGACAGGCAUGGCGCCCCAACAGCAGCUACAGCAACAGCAAGCCAUGAUGGCAAACAGCCUUCUUCACCAUCCUUCCAAUCCAUACCCUGGCAUGAUGUCUUCCCAGCAGCACUCACACAAUAUGAUGGCACAGCAAAACAUUAUGAUGAUGCAGGCUAAGCAGCGAAGCAUGUCAAUUCCGGGGGAACCCUUUGGCCCCCAGGGUCCUCUAAUGUCCCCUCAGGGUCCGAUGAUGGCCCCUUCUCACCCACAGGCUGGUAUGAUGGGCCCCCAGCCUCUCAGACAACGGGGAAUAUCUCUGGACAGUUCCAUUGGCUAUGGCCCCGGAGGUAUGGCCCAUAUGCCAUUCUGAUCCAGCUCACAUAAAAAAGAAAAGAAGAAAAAAAGUGUCCUCUUGGUUACCUUACCAUUGUGUCCACAUUUUUUCAUUAAUGUUAUUCUUGCCGUUAUUCGAAGAGGAACUGUAAAAACAAUAAAUCAGUUCAAGAUAUCGAUUACAACUGAUUAAAAAUGUAAUAUUUAAAAGCACUGUAAUACAGUUCAAUAACAUAUUUGAAGCCAUUUUCUAAAAUACUGUAAAAUAUGUAUAUUUCAAAGAUGUGUGUAGUUGUCGUGGGAACAGCGUGGCAGUCAGGAGAGUGCCUCAAAUUUCUAUUUGUUUUAAUAUCAUUGAUUUUUUUUUUCUCCAACUACCAAACUGUUGUGCAAAGGACAAUAACAACAUAUAUAUAUAUAUAUAUAUAU